AUGAGGACUACAGGCAUCGUGGACUGUUUAAGCUACUGCUUUCUAAUUCUGCAGCUGCUGAGUCAGCCCGCAGCCAAGCAAGUGCUCCGUUACCGUCUUGCUGAGGAGGGUCCUGCCGAUGUCCGGGUAGGUAAUGUAGCCGCGGACCUCGGCAUCACGGCUGGUAUGGAUGUGACUUUUACCUUAGAAUCUGGCUCCGAGUACUUCAAAAUAGACAACAUGACCGGUGACCUGAGCACGAACGAACGUCGGAUAGACCGUGAAAAGCUGCCGCAGUGUCAAAUGAUUUUUGACGAGAACGAAUGUUUUAUAGAUUUCGAAGUGUCUGUGAUAGGACCAGCGCAGAGCUGGGUUGAUCUCUUCGAGGGCAAAAUAAUUAUUUUAGACAUAAAUGACAACACGCCAUCUUUCCCCUCUCCCGUUCUUACUCUCUCAGUGGAGGAGAACAGACCAAUUGGCACACUUUAUCUCCUGCCCACGGCCACCGACAGAGAUUUCGGAAGGAACGGAAUUGAAAGAUACGAGUUAAUUCAGGACAACGGGGAUAGCUCCGUCAGACGAAUUGGCACUUCAGGCUCCGGUAGUGUUGACACUCACGCCGGUAAGAGGAGAUUUGACGAGGGGGCGAGCAGAAGCAGCGUCUUUGAACUUCAAGUUGCUGACACCACAGACGGCGAGAAGCAGCCGCAGCUAAUUAUCAAAGGGGCUCUGGACAGAGAGCAGCGCGACUCCUAUGAGCUGACUCUGCGUGUUAGAGAUGGGGGCGACCCACCACGCUCCUCCCAAGCCAUUCUUAGGGUAAUGAUCACUGAUGUGAAUGAUAACACCCCACGCUUUGAGAAGAGCGUGUACGAGGCAGACCUGCCAGAAAACAGCUCCCCUGGUGCCCCCAUACUGCAGCUGAAAGCAGGCGAUACUGAUGUUGGUGUGAAUGGACAGAUCGAGUAUGUUUUCGGAGCAGCCACCGAAUCAGUGCGGCGACUGCUGCGGCUUGACGAGAGCACUGGCUGGCUCAGUGUUUUGCAUCGAAUUGACCGCGAAGAUGUAAGCCAGCUUCGCUUUACAGUCAUGGCACGUGACCGUGGUCAGCCUCCUAAGACUGAUAAAGCCACAGUGAUCAUUAACAUCAAAGAUGAAAAUGACAACGUUCCGAAUAUUGACAUCCGAAAAAUAGGACGCAUUUUUCUCAAAGAUGGUGUGGCUAAUGUGGCGGAGGACGUGAUUGUUGAUACGCCUAUUGCACUGGUCCAAGUCUCAGACCGUGAUAAGGGACCUAAUGGUAUAGUAACAUGCACUGUUGUGGGUGAUGUUCCAUUUCAGCUCAAGCCAGCGAGUGAGGUCGAGGGUGAAAUGAAUAAAAAGAAGUACUUUCUCCAUACGUCAGCACCACUUGAUUAUGAAGCAGUGCAGGAGUAUAACGUGGUCAUUGUGGCUGUUGACUCUGGAAGCCCUAGUCUCUCUAGCAACAAUUCAUUAUUAGUAAAAGUGGGAGAUAUGAAUGACAAUCCACCAGUUUUUAGCAAAAGCACAUUGGAAGUUUCAUUUCCUGAGAACAAUGCUCCUGGUGAGCGUGUUGUCACAGUAGUGGCCUUAGAUCCAGACAGUGGCAAAAAUGCAGAAAUCUCAUACUCCCUGGACUCCUCUGUGAACGGAAUAUUUUCCAUUGAUGCAGACACAGGUGACAUCCGUGUCAACACCAUACUUGACAGGGAGCUGAUGGAACGCUAUGAGUUUAAAGUUAUUGCCAAAGACAAAGGCAUGCCUGUUCUGCAGGGCUCAGCCACUGUGGUAGUCUUAGUAGCAGAUAAAAAUGACAACGAGCCAAAGUUCAUGCAGGAUGUAUUUACUUUCUAUGUAAAGGAAAACCUGCAACCCAACAGCCCUGUUGGCAUGGUAACAGUUAUGGAUGCCGAUAAAGGACAAAAUGCAGACAUGAGUCUAUACAUCGAGGAAGAAAAGGACAUUUUUAACAUUGACAACAACACAGGGACCAUCUUCUCAACCAUGUCUUUUGACCGUGAGCAGAAAAACACAUAUUCGUUCCUUGUCAAAGCUGUUGAUGGAGGCGAGCCACCCCGGUCUGCUACGGCCACGGUGUCCCUCUCCAUAAUGGAUGAAAACGAUAACCCUCCCACUGUUACUUUUCCCAUGAACAGCUCAUACACACUUCUCUCACCGUCUACUAAUGUGAGAACAGUGGUCAGGACUGUCACAGCUACGGAUACCGAUACAGGUGUCAAUGCUAACCUUAGCUAUAGUAUUGUUGGUGGCAAUCCAUUUAAGUUGUUUGAAAUUGAUGCAGGAACUGGUGUUAUCUCAUUAGUGGGCAAACUAGAACAAAAACACUUUGGCCUACAUCGCUUAGUAGUGCAAGUGAAUGACAGUGGGGUUCCAUCGCAAAGCACCACCACAUUGGUGCACAUCUAUGUCAAUGAAACACUCUCCAACUCCACUAUUGUGGAAGCACAAAUUGCGAGAAGCCUUGGUACCCCACUUAACACUGACAUUGCAGGUGACCCCAACUACGACUUGGGAAAGCAACGAUUGAGCAUUGCCAUAGGGGUUGUGUCAGGCAUUAUGACAGUCAUUCUUAUUAUCCUGGUUGUGGUCAUGGCCCGCUACUGCCGGCCCAAGAACAAGAACGGCUAUGAGGCUGGAAAGAAAGAUCACGAGGACUUCUUCACACCACAGCAACAUGACAAAAGCAAGAAACCCAAGAAGGACAAAAAUAAGAAAAAGACUAAACAACCUCUAUAUAGCAGCAUUGUCACUGUUGAGGCAUCCAAGCCAAAUGGGCAGCGCUAUGAUGGCGUAAAUGAGAAACUGUCAGACAGUCCAGGAAUGGGUCACUAUCGGUCUGUAAACGGUGGCCCAGGUAGCCCAGAUCUUGCCCGACAUUACAAAUCCAGCUCACCCUUGCCUACUGUUCAGCUGCACCCACAGUCACCUACGGCAGGAAAAAAGCACCAAGCCGUUCAGGACCUGCCACCAGCCAACACGUUUGUCGGGACUGGAGAUAGCAUAUCCAUCGGAUCAGACCACUGUUCUGAGUACAGUAGCCAAACCAUCAACAAGUACAACAAACAGCCGUUCCGCCGAGUGACCUUCUCGGUGGUGAGCCAGCCCCAGGACCCGCACCAGGGCUCGCUGCAGAGCUGCUACGACAGUGGCCUGGAUGAGUCGGAGACGCCCAGCAGCAAGAGUUCGUCUGGCCCCAGACUAGGUGCCCUCCCUCUACCUGAAGACGCCUAUGAGAGGACUACGCCCGAUGGCAGUGUCGGUGAGGCAGAGCAUAUGGAAAAUGACUCUCGGCCCCUGCCUGACGUAGCUAUGACGGGUAAAUGCACGCGGGAGUGUGACGAAUAUGGCCACUCGGAUGCCUGCUGGAUGCCUGUGCGCACCUCGCCUGAACGCAGACCAAAGGCCACCCCUCCCAAACUCUCCACCUUCAUGACCUCCCCCGGGGGCAGCGUUGCCGAACAGCCCGGUAGCCAGGAGACACUCGCCGUUGCCAAUGGCGACCCCUCACACCUGCUGGGCGACCGUAACCGUAAUCUCCUUAACAAGAAGAUGGCCUCCUCCUCCUCAUCUUACAACGUGUUUAGUUCAGCUGGAUUUUCUGCCAGCGAGGAAACGUCUCGCCCCAUCGAAGAGAUUCCGCUCGCGCCAACUGGCGAAUAUAAAACGACACAAUGUGGAACUCUCACCAGGCGAGAGGUUUACCUGUAAACAACACACAGUGAAUAACAAGGGACAACGACAGUGACUCAGCAUGGUCAGAGACACUGUUAGCAAACCAAACCCUUGUACAAAAGCAACAUGGAUUUUCCUCUAAAUGCUCGCACUCAAAAAUGAGUGCAACGUUACCUUAAAAGUUAAAUAGCUCUUUAAGUCAAAUCUGUGGAAUUACAUGUUGUAAAUGUGUUCGAGAAGGAUGAGACGGAGGAGGGGGAAGUGGCGCAGGUGGAGAGAGGGGAAUGCUGGUGGAUCAGUGCUACUUUGCUGCUAGCAUAUCGGGCCCUGUAGACUUCCCCAAAGUGCUGCCUGUUUUCCGUAGACCUUGUUAUAAACCUGCAUGCAUCAUCUAGCCCCUAAAGUGUGUGUGCGCUGUAAGAGUGUGUGCCCCUUUAUCAACCUGGACUAUACAUUUUUGUCUUUGGUUUUUAUAACUGUUACAAUGGGACUGAAACCGAUAAGACUGUCUUUUAAUCAGUUUUUAUUUUUGGGGGGUGGGGUGGGAGUGUUUUUAUGUGGAUGUAUUAUGUCCAUAUGCAAUCAGUCUGAAGUACUGAACUAUACACUCUGGACAUCCAAUCACAUAAACCAAGAAGAUAAAAAGACACAGACGGAUGAUUGAUGAAAUCAUCAUAUGGCGAUCAGUAAUGGCAUAAAUAGAUGAUGUUGGAGUUUAUGGUCAGGCAUGGGCCGUUGCAUCAUACAAGGACAUGGUCAUUGACUUCAGCCUUUUUACAAAGGUUUGUAGAAACUCAAAGACCAGAUGGCGCAAGUGAAUGGCGUACAUGCUGUAAAUGACAAACUUACAGCACAAGAAGCAAGUUUACCUGUGUUCCAUCACGUACACACAAAGAAACACAAGCAUACAUAGAUUCAGUAAUGCACGCUUUUCUCGUGUAGGUGAAGUAUUGUACAUAUGUGUACACUGUAAACGUACUCUGGACACAUACAUAGACAUCAUAAGUUUUCAUCAUGCUCUCAUUCGUCCUCUCUCACUAUACCUCUGGAGACAGAGAGGGGUCCUUAACAUCUCUGAGAUUGUCUGUUAUUUGCCUGAAUGCUACGGAUAUGUGUAAUUGUGGUUGAUCCUUUCACCUCAAACAUAGACAUCCCUUUCUAGAUGUGUGAAACUAUGCUGAAGUUGUAUUUUUCUGGUCUCAGAGACCCCUGGCACACACUUGCAAACACACACACAAUAGAUCCGCAUAUUGUAUAUACACGUUAUAAUUAUCCCAUAAAGCCACAGGAAAAAAAAUUAGGAUAUUCUGCUGGGGUUAAUUAGUCUAAUAAUAUUGCCCUGCUGCUGAAGAGCUUGGGCUGGCCCUGUGUAACAUUCUCAGAGUAUGGAUGUUAAAUAGAGCAAUAAACUCAUUCAACACAAUCUCACACUUCAAAUGAGUAAUCAAGGAUGAGGACUUGUGUUCCUUGUGUCAACUGUAGCAGUCAAAGUGAACCAAGUAAUUGUACAAUCUCAAAAAAAGUUCAGUGUCUACAGGCAUGACGGGAGCAAAUACAAUGCAGCGCAUGUUGCCACUGUAUAACCAAAGUAUUGGGAACAACAUGUCAUGUCUUGAAUAACAGAAAAAGGAAUAUACAAAGCUCCUGGUUAGGUUAAAUAUUGCUUUAAUAACCUUCAGAUAUGUUUCUGUGCAAUGUGGGGAAAUUGGGUUAGGAAAUGUGUGAGUUGUUUUUAAUCGAACCACAUACACACAUAUACAUGCAUCAUGGGCCUAUCCCUAUAAUUUUUGAGUAAUAUUUUCCAGAAAAGGGGUGUACUUAAAGAGGAAUAAUGCUUUUAAAACCGGUGGCAAAUUAUUCAGAUGCAAUUGAUUUUUUUUUAUGUUAAUGAUUCCUUCAGUUUGAAUGGACUGCCUUUUUUGCAGCUUCCAAAUCUGUAGUUUGUAUGUACUACUCGUGUUUAAAAGUAGUGCUCUGAUGCUUACAAACUGUAUACAUAGAUAUGUACUUUUUAUUGCACGUUUAAAGGGAAUCUACACUUACUAUGAAGAAAAAAAGAGAUAAAAAGUGUAUAAAUAUCAUACCCUGUGAACAUGGAAGUCCAUUGCUUGCAUUUGUUAGAAACAGACACUAGACAUUGUAGUAUUACUAUGUAUAUUGAUUUGACGAGGAUGAAAAAGAAACGAAUAAAUCAUGUUUCACUGAUUUAUUCAGCAUCUUAUCAUUCAUUUUUAUUAUUAUUAUUAUUUAUUUAUAUUUUUAUAGCAACCAUUGAACUUAACAAUUAACUUUAUCCAUUGGUUCUGUAAUGUUUUAUAUUUCUUUCACAAAAACCCACAGUCAUACAUUUCACUUAUAGAGAAAAUUACUGGUCAAAAUUUAUUCCACAACAGUUACUGUAAUUUAUUUAUUUUUAUUUUUUUCAAAUAUAUACUCAUAAUAACACCCUCUUCAGAAUUCAUCAGUCACAUCUUUCCCUUUCUUUUCCAGUCCCACUUUGUAUAUGUAGUGCUUCUGUUAAAAAAACAAAACAAAAAACAAAACAAAAACAAAAAAAUACAGAGUGAAUGCAAAAUAUGCAACUGUGCCUUUUUAUACCUUUAUUGGUAUGACUCAUUGGUUUUAACUAGUAUGAAACCAAUUGUACUGAGAUGCUUUCUAAAAGUGGAGAAAGAAUAAUUUGUGCUGAAACUAUUGUCCUGGCAAUUUUACUAUGAUAGACUUUCAAAGCUUUUAUCUUGUGGCUUUUUUAAGUGAACUCAGUCAGACUUUGUCAAGUAUAUUGAUGAGUACCAACUCUACAUGUCAUAGGUGAAACCGUGGUAUAUCCAUCCAUUUCAAAAUUAGCAUGGUCACAUGUCCGAACUUCGACUUAUACAGUGAGGUUAACUUUGUCAUGACAGCAACAGUUCGGAAAGUAUCGGUCAUGCUGCAGUGACGGCACAGAAACCACAAUGUAUGUCCAUUAGAGAUGAAGCAAAUGCGCUUUGAGACAUUUCCUAAUAUGAGGAUGUAGAAGAAAAUGAAAGCUCCAAAGGUUUGUCAAUGGGACACACACCUCAGAGAGUUAGAAUAGGCAGUAAAUAUUAGCUGAUGAGAGUAUAACACAGUUGGUAUGUCAAAAAAAGUGGAGAAGCUGAAAGAAUAGAUUGGAGAUUGUCUGCACCUUAAUUCCUCAUCAAAAGAGACAUCUAGCUUUGUUGACAACAUGCUGAAAUCAAGUUUUUUUCAUUGUCUUUUGCACUCUGAUGUGUGUGUUCCUUAAGCUUUCAACUUAGAAGAUAUGACUUAAGUUGUAGCACUUGGGUCAUAGGACACUUCACAAAUAAUGAAACAAAAAAGAAAUUGUACUUUUAAUCAUACUCUAAUUGUCCUUUGACUUGGAUGUUGAUGUAGAACUGAGGAUUGAUUUUAAUCAUUGUUUUAUUAGGAGUCACUAUGCACGCAGCUUAGCUGAACAUGGCAAAUGUACUGAGCGCAAGCCCACCUCUAUUUAUGAUCUAUUUUACAUAUUUUUUGCUUUUGUACAGGUAUUUCUGUAAAUAAAUUGCUUGUCAUUUUUGUCUCUGCAGAAAUUAAAAUA